AUGAUUGCCAAGUCAAAAACUCAUGAGGGGCAUAUCCCUGUUCUUCGGAAGUUCUUCAAGCGACUCCGUAAGUAUCGAAUGCGUCUCAAUCCGCAGAAGUUCACUUUCGGAGUCACAACAGGUAAAAUGCUUAACUUUUUGAUCACUACUCGUGGAAUUGAAGUUGACCCGUCAAAGAUUGAGGUUAUACUUGAGAUGAAGCCACCAGAGUCUGAAAAAGGAGUACGGAGCUUUUUGGGGAAGAAUCCUCCGAUCCUCAUGCCGCCAGUUCCCGGGAAACCCUUGAUACUUUAUUUGUCUAUGAAUCCUUCGUCUAUGGGGUGUUUACUAGCUCAAAAAGGAGAUAAGGGUGUCGAAAAGGCCAUUUACUACUUAAGCAAGAAAAUGGUCGGAUGUGAAGAACGCUACACAGCUCUGAAAAAGACAUGUUGGGCUCUCUUCGACCUCGAGUACGUUACAAGGAAAUCCAUCAAAGGGCGAGCAGUUGCGGAGUUUUUGGCUGAUCACCUUGUCGAUGGACCAAAAGACUCAGAUUUCGUGUUCCUAGAUGAGGAAGUGCUAACAGUUGUCGAAGAUGUGUGGACACUCUACUUUGAUGGGGCGGCCAGUCAGAAGGGAUAUGGGAUCGGAGUACUGUUGAUUACACCUGAUGGCACUCAUAUUCCGCUUACGUUCAAGCUCAAUUUUGAUGUCACAAAUAACCAAGCUGAGUAUGAGGCCUAUAUUGUUGGCAUGGAGGCUGCUCUCACCCUCGGCUUUGAAAGCUCGAGGUCAUUGGACUUGGAAGAUCUUAUUUCUCGUUUUAACAAGGUCAAUUUCACUCACAUUCCCCGCUUGAAGAAUCAAUUUGCUGAUUCCUUAGCAACUUUGGCCUCUAUGGUCGAGCUUCCUUUGGGUGUCAAACUCCACCCUAAUCUGAUUGAGCAGCGGGACUGUCCUACCUAUCAGUUUGUCAACGCCAUCGAUGAUGUAGAUGAUGGCCUACCCUGGGUUUUAGAACUUUUUAAGGAAUUCAAGAUCCAGAUCCAUCACUCGACAGUUUAUCGUCCUCAAACAAAUGGAGCUGUCGAAGCGGCAAACAAGAAUAUUGAGACGAUUAUCAAAAAGUCUGAUGAAUCUGCGCGGGACUGGCAUGAGCAACUACCUCUAGCACUUUGGGGGUAUCGGAUGUCAAUUUGA